GACGUGUUACCAAACACCACCUUAUUUGGUCAUCUUCCUCAUUCCACGGUUACUCCCACAUCUCGCACUUCCUCUGUACACUUCUUCGUCUCCAUCCAACCCCAGAACUCCUACCACAAUCUAAGGCUCUAAGCAUUCGUAGAUCUUUAGCUGAGAAAAGCUUCGCGACAAUGUCUUGGCCUACGGAUUCUGAGUUAAUUUCCAUAAAGGAAGCAGUGGCUCAGAUGAGUGGAAGAGAUAAAGGAGAAGUUCGAGUGGUGGUUGCACCUUAUCGUAUAUGUCCUUUAGGAGCUCACAUUGAUCACCAGGGUGGAACUGUAUCAGCUAUGACGAUUAAUAAAGGGAUCCUUCUUGGUUUUGUUCCAUCGGGUGAUACUCAGGUCCAGUUGCGUUCUGCACAAUUUGAAGGAGAAGUAUGUUUCAGAGUAGAUGAAAUCCAGCACCCCAUAGGCCUAGCAAACAAGAAUGGUGCAAGCACCCCAUCUCCAUCGAAAGAAAAAAGCAUCUGGGGCACUUAUGCCAGAGGAGCAGUUUAUGCGUUACAGACCAGCAAAAAGAAUCUCAAACAGGGCAUUGUUGGUUACCUCAGUGGCUCAAAUGGACUAGAUAGUUCUGGGCUUAGCUCAUCAGCUGCUGUUGGUGUGGCAUACCUGCUCGCUUUAGAGAAUGCAAACGAAUUGACUGUAUCCCCAACAGAAAAUAUCGAAUAUGACAGACUUAUUGAGAACAGAUAUCUGGGUCUGCGGAAUGGAAUUUUGGAUCAAUCAGCCAUUUUGCUUUCGAGUUAUGGGUGUCUAACAUACAUGGACUGCAAGACUAUGGACCACGAGCUUGUACAGGCUCCUGAACUGGAGAAACCGUUCAAAAUAUUGUUAGCAUUCUCAGGUUUGAGGCAGGCAUUGACCACCAACCCAGGAUAUAAUCUGCGAGUUUCUGAGUGUCAAGAGGCUGCAAAAGUUCUUUUGACUGCAUCUGGGAACAGCGAGCUGGAACCUACCUUGUGCAAUGUUGAGCAUGCGGUCUAUGAAGCUCACAAGCAUGAGCUGAAACCGGUUUUAGCUAAAAGAGCAGAGCAUUAUUUCUCGGAAAACAUGCGGGUUAUCAAAGGACGGGAAGCCUGGGCUUCAGGCAAUCUUGAAGAAUUUGGAAAGCUGAUUUCAGCAUCCGGCUUGAGUUCCAUUGAGAAUUACGAAUGCGGUGCGGAGCCACUAAUCCAGCUAUACAAGAUUCUUCUGAAGGCUCCUGGUGUAUAUGGAGCUCGAUUCAGCGGUGCAGGCUUUAGGGGAUGUUGUCUAGCCUUUGUAGAUGCAGAAAAAGCUGAGGCAGCUGCUUCAUAUGUGAAGGAUGAAUAUGAAAAGGCCCAACCGGAGUUUGCUAAGAAUCUGAAUGGAGGAAAACCUGUUCUCAUCUGUGAAGCAGGUGACGCUGCUCGUGUUCUUCUCUGAUCAAUCCCGGAGUUUUGGUUCCUUCGAUAUCCCACUGAAACUCGAAUUUUUGCCCCUUAUAUCUCUCAUGCUUAUCGAUUCUUGUUUGCUCAUCAUGAUAGAUUUUGCAGAGUUUGUAGAAAUGAUGCAUUGCUUGAUAAAAUUUCUAUUCAUUUUUGUUUGUUUGUUACAAAUACUUUGACAAUACAUAACGUAAAUAAUCUCUACCGUUUUGAACUCGA